CUGAUCCCUGCUGGUGCAGGACUCAAACGCCGCGCGUCCGCGGCCAUUGGGGAGCUGGUGCCGCUGUGGCCUCAGCUGCCGAUGCUGCAGCUCAGCCAGGUCACCACCUCGCUGCUCAUCAGCAACGCGCGGGCAGCCUGCAACGAGGACCUGCUCACGCGAGAGGGAAUCACCUUCUGCGUUAAUGUCACCAGGCAGCAGCCCUUCCCCGGCCUCCCGCAGGUCCGGGGCAUGCGUGUGCCUGUGUUCGAUGACCCGGCUGAAGACCUGUACCAGUACUUUGAGCAGUGCAGUGACGCUAUAGAAGAGGCUGUGAGGAGUGGUGGGAAGUGCCUGGUCUACUGCAAGAACGGCCGCAGCCGAUCCGCUGCUAUCUGCACUGCUUAUCUGAUGAGACACGGAAAGCUCCCGCUCAAGGAUGCAUUCGAGACUGUGAAGACUGCCAGACCAGUAGCAGAACCCAAUGCGGGAUUUUGGUCUCAGCUGCAGAGAUAUGAAGAAGAUUUGCAGAUACCAAAGCAGUCUGACCACGUGAGCAAAGGGCUUAAAAAUAGCAGCGUGUGAAAUGUUUUAAAGAGAAUUAAGUAGCUUGCAAUAGAUUUAAACAAACAGGAAGAAAACCGCUUCAUCUAUCAGCUGUACAUAAAACACCUUCCUCCCCAAACUGAGCUGAUGGUUCAUUAAAAUCAUUCAGAGCA